GGGAGCUGCCCGCGAACAAAAAGAGAAAAAUAAAGGCAGCGCCAAGCAGAGAACGUCCGAGGCGGGGAGGGGGACGGUGCUUGUCAACAACCGCAGCCCGCUCUUUUAGCAUCUGUCCACCGCCUAACGCUGAAGGCUUGCCAUCGGAGUCAUGCUAAAUUUUGGAGAGCCUGCUUUCCAGCACACAGAAGAGGGAAUGGAGAUGAUUGCUAAAAAGCAAUGCCUCAGGAAGUGUUAUUGGAACUAUACCAAUGAAAAGAGUGCUUUUGAAGCAGUGGAAGCUCUCAUGUACAUGAGCUGCAGUUGGAAAUCAGACUUCAAAAAGUAUGCUGAGCGGAGGCCAAUGACGCCAGCUUCAGAUUCAUCUGAGGAGUUUGAAGACAACUUGCUACCUCCUGCUGAUUUUCGUACGAUACCAGCUUUUUGUUUAACUCCACCCUACAGCCCUUCUGCUGACCUUGAAAUGUCUCAGGCAGUCCAUCCAGCAACAUCAGCGCCACCUUGUGUACAGAACAAGCCAUAUCCAGACCUUUCUGAUCAAGUCUUUACAGCAUCUCCUAACAAGACCCAAAAUGUUCAAGUGCCAAGAAUAUUGAGAGCUCAAGCAACCAGCGUCAUUCGCCAUACAGCAGAUGCUCAGCUUUGCAGUAGCAUAACCUGUCCAGCAAGAACAGAUCAUGUUAGGAAGUAUGAUGUUAACAUGGGGGAAGCAAACCAGAAUGGCAGUACAAAAUCACAUUCAGAAGACAAUACAGAAGAAAAACAAAAUUUAUCUUGUGAAAGUGUAUUGCUGAAUACUGCAUUUUCUGAAGAUAAGCUGUCAGCCAUAAAAGAAUCCAAAAGUCCAUUGCAGGCCAUCAGCCCAGUGCCUUUCCCACAGACUUUACUUGAUACUUCUCCAUCUGUCUCUUGGGCUUCACAGGUAGCCCCUCCAUCAUCUGUGCAAGUAGGAGGAGUCUCUUCUAUGCCAUUGGUUUGCCAGAUGGUUCCAUUGUCUGCUAACAACUCUGUUGUGACAGCAAUAGUAUCUAACACUCCUUGUGGUCAAUUGCCAUCAAACCUUUGUCAUCCAAUGGUCCUCAUGGGAACUCAAGUUCCCAAAGCAGCAGUUAUGUUUGUAGUUCCACAGACUGUUGUGCAGAAUGCCAAGGCUCCGGUGACCAGUCCUCACAGCACCAGACUGUCCCCUAUUGCUCCUGCUCCAGGUUUGGUCCCUCCUGCCACAAAGAUCACUCCAUCUGUUGACUCUCUCAGAACAAGAAGCCAUGUUUGUAACUACCUGGGUUGUGGAAAAACAUAUUUCAAAAGCUCCCAUUUAAAGGCACAUGUUAGAACACACACAGGAGAAAAGCCAUUCAGCUGCAGUUGGAAAGGCUGCGAGAGGAGAUUUGCCCGUUCUGACGAACUAUCUCGCCAUCGCAGAACACAUACGGGAGAGAAAAAAUUUGCCUGCCCAAUGUGCAGUCGACGAUUCAUGAGGAGUGACCAUUUAACAAAACAUGCACGUCGCCAUCUGUCAGCCAAAAAAUUACCAAACUGGCAGAUGGAAGUGAGCAAGCUAAAUGAUAUUGUUACACCACAUAGUUCUGUGGCUGAUCAAUGAAUAACUUUGUCUAAAGAGGCUGUUUAGCUUCUUUUUUUCCCCCCAGUGUAUGACUGGUACCAAUGGUAAUGUGAAAAAACAUUGCAGAAUAAGUCUGUGGUUCUACACUAUCAGAUUGAAACAGGCAAUGGCUAUCUGUAUACCUUGGCUGUGAUAUAUAGGGUAGCAGGCAUUUUUGUGCUUGGAGAAAGGAGACAUGGAAACGUCAAUGCCAAUUCUGGAAAGAGCUGUUCCUGUGUCCUCUGUAGCUGAGUAUAAACUAGAGAGAGAUGCUGACAUUAGGAUGUGGGAAUGUUUUCAAUGCUGUUGCAAACAAAAUGCAGAAUCUCAGCUUAUGGUACAGAAUCAGGGAUAAGUUCCAGUAAUACUAGAAUGCUGAAAAUUUAAAGUAGAAAUACUUGCUGUUUUCUCAGUUGUGAAUGAUGAUGGGAAUGUGGUUAUCAACUUCCUGAGAUUAAGUUUAUGUAUCUUCAUUUCCUGGUAUAUAAAGUAUAACUAAUUUAGCAAUUCUGUAUAACUUAAGUAUAUCAUUGAGAAAGUGGUUUCAUAUGGCUGGAUUUCUAAAGAUAAAUUUUUACUAUUUUGAAAGCGUCACAGUUUGUACUAUUAGCUGUACUUCAGCAUUUUUUGUUAUUUGUGUGUUUAAAUUGUGUGUUUCUUUUAUACAUUUAAAUUUCUAUAUCAUUGAAACCUUGAUACAGUGCACUUUGUUUAAAGGAUAAUUUAAGAGUUACAAAAGCUUUAUUCUCCAGGAAGAACAAAAGCAGUGUGCUAUGUUACUUCCUGAAAUUUCUCUAAAAUAGAUUACAAUAGAAAUAUGAUUGACCUUUAUAUGUUAUAGUUAUAAUUUAAAAUGACAUAAAAUUGGAAAAUGAUGGAUUACUUAUGAAGCAAAGAAAGUCGAGUCAUCAGUCCUAGAUGUGUAUACAGUGAUUUUGCCAUCAUUUUUUCAAUUCUUACUAUACUAAAUAAAUACAAAAUUAUAGAGUAUUGUAAUAUCUAUUUUGUGACUACUUAAGAUUUUGCACAAGAUUUCUUAUGUACUUUAUACUUGUUUACAAUAAAUGUAAUUUUCUUUAAUA